GGAGGAGCACCAUUACUUCUCGGUGUUUCAAAGUUUUAGUGUAUAUUCAUUCGAAUAAAACGACCUGGGUUUGGUUUUCGAAAUCAUUUCUGAAAUAAUUCGCAUAAACUUGUGAAAAGCUUCGGCAUACCCUUGUAUUCUAUUUCUAAUGCACUGAUUGGCUGCUUGAGUAGUCAAUAUGAAAUACUGUCCAAUAGCCGUACACCAAAGGCGGGACUAGUCUUAAAACGGGCGAGAAACUCGUGAUUCGGUAAAUAAAGUGCCUUCUCCUUCAUCCCCCUGGUGUUGCACUAGUAGCAUGAGAUUUCAAACUAAAAGUUGCUGACUACAAACCGAGCUUGCAUACAUGCCAGUAAACACACACAAACACACAAUGUAGAAAUUGAAAUAUGUACAUAUAUUCCAGAGUUUCUGAUUAUUUGCAGUGCAUAAUAAGCUGAUUACUGUAAGAGUGAGUUUAGGCCACCAUGCAGUGCAGGAGGAGCAAGAGAGUGCUGCUCCUCAGGGACCAGACAGUGGAAACAACUGCUCUCACUCAACAGCAGUGUUGUGGAAGUGCUUAGAGGAUGGAUGACGGUCAACAAGCUACUAUCCAAAAGCAUUACACCAAAGCGUCUCCUUUACUACACACAUAUGAAACAUUUAAAAAAAUCUUAGGCCAUAUCAUCAUUUAAAUUAAUCCCAGGUAAGAUAAAAGUCUAUACAUGGGCACAACACAGUACAGCUUCACUCUAGCAGAAAUUCUACUGAAUACCUCAAACACAAGUCCUUAGGUAAGAAUUUUGCAAGGUUUUAUGAAGACCAUGGAUUCAGUUAGUGGUUCUAAUCAGCAUGAGGGUAAAUGGACUUCAGCUGAUUUAGAGGUUAGAGAUAAUGAGAGUCAGAAAAUCCCUUCUCUAUGGUGUGGAGGAAUUGACAAAUGCUGGGCUCUUGCCCACAAUAACAAUAGGAAUACAGAGGCGGGUUUCUCUGAGUUGGACCCCCUGCUUCCUAAUGAACGUUUGUGGCCCUCAGUCCAUGAUGAAGAAACAAUAUCCACUGAUGCUCAGGCCAUGCCGAGUGAAACAAUCUGUUCUAUGGUGCUCCAGAUCCUGGCUCCAUUCCUCCUGGCAGGAUUUGGUACAGUAAUGGCUGGCAUGCUGCUGGACAUUGUACAGCACUGGGACGUGUUUCAGCAAAUAACAGAGAUCUUCAUCCUGGUGCCAGCAUUACUUGGCAUGAAAGGCAACCUGGAGAUGACACUGGCAUCAAGACUUUCUACAGUGGUGAAUGUUGGGAAAAUUGACUCCUCAGAGAAAUGGAAGCUGAUAAUUGGAAAUCUUGCCCUCAAGCAGGUUCAGGCUACAGUGCUGGGUUUUCUUGCUGCUUUGGCAGCCUCUGUACUUGGAUGGAUUCUGAAUGAGAAAUUGACUGUAAAUCAUGCAGCACUUUUAUGCUGCAGUAGUGUAGUGACAGCAUUCAUAGCAUCAUUACUGCAGGGUAUCAUUAUGGUGGGUGUGAUCAUUGGCUCAAAACGGACUGGGAUUAAUCCUGACAACGUAGCAGCACCAAUUGCGGCUAGUUUUGGUGACCUCAUCACCUUGGGGUUUCUUGCCAUCAUCAGUCAAAGGCUUUUCUCUUGCAUUGAGCUCUACCCCUAUGUAAUCUAUAUAGUGUGUGUUGUCUUUCUGUGCCUAACACCAGUCUGGGUAAUAAUUACAUUUUGUCAUUCUGCGAGCCACAAACUGCUAUAUAAUGGUUGGGAACCCAUAAUUACAGCAAUGGUUAUCAGCAGUAUGGGUGGACUCAUUCUGGACAAAACCAUUAAUGACUCAAACUUAGCAGGAGUAGUGGUUUACACCCCUGUGAUAAAUGGUGUUGGUGGUAAUCUGGCUGCUAUCCAGUCCAGUCGUAUAGCCACGUAUCUUCAUUUUCACUGCUCCCUGGGAAGGCUGGCUGAUGAUGCAAAGCUCUGCUAUUGUCCAUUCCGAACCUUUUUUGGCAAAGGAUAUAACAACAGAACAGCUCGGGUGCUGCUUCUUCUGGCCAUUCCAGGCCAUAUGGUCUUUCUCUUUGUAAUUUAUUUAAUGCAAGGUGCCAACACCAGUCUAACACCAACUUUCAUCACCCUCUACUUGGUGGCAGCUCUAACACAGGUAUUUCUACUGUUGUGCAUAGCUGACUGGAUGGUUCAUUGCUUGUGGAAGUAUGGCCGAGACCCAGAUAGUUUUUCUAUUCCCUAUUUGACAGCUUUGGGAGAUCUACUUGGCACUGGAUUGUUAGCUCUUUGUGUUUUUGCUACGGGUGUUUAAUGACAAGGAAACACUUUUGGGUGACUCAUAUGGCCCCAAAAAAUUAAUGACAAUUCAUUUUUAUUGUUUAGAAUUCUUAAUGUCUGUUAGGUUCUCCUUUUGUUCACUGGGGCUACCACAACAUAAACACAUCUUUUCAAGCCAUUGUUAAGGAACCUCAGCCCCCUUGUAGGGCAACAAUAAUGACUUAAUAAUCUUAUGAGUGAUACAAAGUUUGGGGCAUUUCUUAUUAUUCACUUAUUAUGUUCAUAGAUGUAUUUUAACAGUCCAUGUGGUUUAAAUGUCUGUACUUUACAGCCUUCACUAGAUAUCAAAAGUGAGGUAGUUGUAAAACUGAAUUUAGCACUCUGAAUCAAUCAUGCUUUUUAUUUACAACAUUCAGUAUGGUUGCUACCAAAACAAUUGCUGCCUUAUUGACUUUUCUUUGGGUUUCACAGUUUUUUCUAUAAUUAAAAUAUCUUUAAUAUACAUUUUUAAAAUUUUCAAUCUGAUAAGUGGACAAAUUAACUUUUGUUGUUUGUCUUUUUUUUUAACUAAACAAUGAAAACUAUUAGACUUGUAUGUAAGUGAAGUUUCAGCUGCAUGUAUGCAUUUAGACAAAAUAUGUGUGCAUGAGUUUUGCUGCAUGUGCUGUGCGUCUCCCAUACAGAUGUUCCAAAUAAAGUGGCUGGUGGCAGUGUUUA